GGGCGCAGGGUUUGAAACAUGGCGGACGACGUGGAUCAGCAACAAACUACCAACACCGUAGAAGAGCCCCUGGAUCUCAUCAGGCUCAGCCUGGAUGAGCGAAUUUAUGUGAAAAUGAGAAAUGACAGAGAGCUUCGAGGAAGAUUACAUGCUUAUGAUCAGCAUUUAAAUAUGAUAUUGGGUGAUGUGGAAGAAACUGUGACUACCAUAGAAAUUGAUGAGGAAACAUACGAAGAGAUAUAUAAAUCAACAAAACGGAAUAUUCCAAUGCUCUUUGUCCGGGGAGAUGGUGUUGUACUAGUUGCCCCUCCAUUAAGAGUUGGCUGAAACACAG